AUGGAUGCCCCAACAUCAGCAUCUCCUUUCUCUCCCCUCAACAUUACUAAUUCAAAAAAUGGGAAUGAGUGUGGUGCUCAGGGUAUAGUCGAUGAAGCUUGUCAUGAUUUUCCAUCUGAUGAGGACAUAGUUGUAAUACAUGGAGAAGGAGAUCCGUUAGUUAUAGAUGCUGAGGUAGCCCUAGCAAGAAGUGCAAGUAUCGAACCGACAAUAAGAUUGGCAUUUACUGACAAAAAUGAAGCUUAUGAUUAUUGUAAUAAGUACGAAAAAUUGGUAGGGUUUGGUAUAACAAAGGGAAGGACCAUAUGGAAACAUGGUGGAAGAAUUAGUCGGAUUUUAGAAUGUUGUAGGCUUGGUUUUCGUAGUGAGAUGUAUGAUGCAAGUGAAAAUACUCGCCCCUACACAAAAUGUGAAUGUCAGGUAAAUAUCCACAUUAAGAAGAAUGAGAAGAAUAGAUGGGUUAUUGCGAAGAUUGUAAAAGAACAUAAUCAUAUUCUCACAAUGCCAAAAAAGACUAGAUUCAUUAAUUCUCAUCAAAAGAUACCAAACACAGUGAAAAAGGUGAUUUACACAUUGGAGUCUUCUAUGGAUAAGUCUAGGAGUAUGAUAGAUUACUUUAUUGAAGAGGCUGGUUGGGCAGAAAAUGUUAUUUUCAUUGAGAAAGUCCUUGAGAAUCACAUAACUAGAAAAAGGAAACAACUGAAAGGGAAAGAGGAUAAUGUUGUUAUGAAUUGGUUGCAUACAAAGAAUGAAUUAGACCCUAAUUUUUUUUUCUAG